AUGAUUCAAACAGAGCAAGUUCCACAAGACGAUAGCGAAAUGAACUUUAUAAAAAGAAGAAUCAACCUGAGCAAUUGGAACAAGGGGCUAUAUCUCUUGAAGAAAGAGCUCACAGGGAUAGUCAUGACCGACAAAAUAAUCGGCCUAGAUCCAGGCAUGAACAUUAUUUUGAAAAUAUCAAUACUUACAAUAUACAUAGGCCUACGGGAUAUAUUUGUUGCAAUGGAUUGUUCAGCUGAACAAAUGCCAGAUAAGAAAACAAUUAAAGAAAACACAACAAAGUUUCUAAUGCUGAAUACAAGUGAGAUGUGCUCGGGCUUUGAGUGGGCGAGAAAGGUAGAGUUAAAGAACAGAGAGGCGGCUGGUAUACAGCAGGUAUACGAUGAGAUUCCAGUAGUAGAUGCUGCAAAUAGCAGUGAGAUAUUGACGUACUUGAGAAUCAUCGGGAGAAACAGAAAAAAAAUUUUUGAUUUUAUGAAAAGCUAUCGUCAUCAUGAGACGAAGGCAUACCUUGUUCAAAACAGACAAAUCACAGACAACCGUAUGUGUGAUCUUGUAUUGGGUCAAACUGCCGCUGGUGCUCCUUAUACCCUUGCCCACAGAACAAAUUCAAAGAAAAGAAAAAACAAAUGGAAUAGUUGCAAAAGAGGCAAAACGAACGGUAAUCGCCUAUAG